UCUUGGAAGGGAGCUUCAACGCAGUCGCUCCAAAAGCAAAAACCCUAAACCCUGAUCAGGGCUUAAUUUUUAAUUUUAUCUUAAAGCUGCUCCUUUUGUUACCAGGCUUUCCCCGAAAAAAGUUAAGAAUAGUUUUGAUUUAUUGGCUAACUAUUAGGUUCGUGGUUCAUAUCUUUUAAACUUUCCAACAAUGGCUGUCGAAGGAAGCAAAAAAUCUCAAGCAUCAGCGUCUCUACCCCCGCGCAAAAUCAACUUACAAAAAUUCGCAGAUUCCAGAGCCGCCGAGCUCGAGUCACUUCACUCAGCUGUGUCAGCUCGACUCAAUAACGACUUUAGGUCUCGUAGAAACAAGAGGAGGAGGACUACAGCAUUCGACAAUCAAGCUUCCAAGAAAAGAAACAGAAAGAGGCAGAGAUUGACUAAGGUUGAUAAAAUCAAUGUUUCGGGUUUAGAGACGGAGCAGAAGAAGAACGAAUCUCCCCUUCCACGCCGCGUUCGUCGCAGAAUGGAGCUUAAAAAGAAUCCCGAAAGCGGUUUCGUUACUUCAGGUGAUGGAACUAAGAGGUUGAGAACGCAUGUUUGGCACGCAAAGCGGUUUACAAUGGCUAAACGGUGGGGGUUUUAUCUUCCCUUAGGAUUGCAGGGCAGAGGAAGGGGAUCGAGGGCAGUUUUGAGGUGGUUCAAACAGGGAGUGCUUCUCCAUGAUGCGAGCUAUAAUCUUGCUGUUCAACUGGAAGGUCCAGAGGAUUCAUUAGUGGCAAUAUUAGAGAUGGUUAUGGUUCCUUCUACAUCAGUUAAAUCUGAUUGCGAUUCUGGUUCUGUUCUUUCUGGUGUUACUUACGGAACUGCUAUGCUUCAUCAUGUUGGAGCACCUUAUUCGCAGCCAAUCGCACCUGUAAAUUAUAUGUGGCAUCCUCAUCGGCAGAGUAAAGAAGAGGGCAAUAAUAAUUGCCUUGAUGUUGUUAAAUGUAAUGAACCAUGUAGAGUCAACUAUAGUUCUUGCUUUUGCCAACUUUGGGUUUGGAUACAUGCCUCAGCUUUUUGUGAGGGAUAUGAUACUCUUAAAUGUGCUUGUGAGAAACUGAUGAUUGAUAGAGGUGUCACCAUUAAUUGUUUUUCACGUGAGGGUCAGCUUGCAAAAUUGGAAUUAAUUGGGUGCAAGGCAUUUCAACUUCUUCAGAAGACUGUUCACCCUGACUCAUGCAUAGUGGAUAGUUCCUGGCAACUGCAAAAGUGUUCAGCUGAGAAGGACAGUGUUGAAUUUCAAAACGAGGAACAUAUUCGUUCUUGUGCAAUUCUAUCUUUUACUAUCAAGGAUCCUCGUUUAUUGCCCGCUAAAGAGACUGUAGAUUUUCGUGAGCCGGAUUCAAUCAUUGAUGUGCAAGAAGUUGGAGUCAGUGAAUGUGUUAACUUAACUGAAAAUUUAGACAAGAAAGAAGAGCUAGGUUCACUCUUAUGUCCAAAAGCUGAAGGAAAUGAAAAUUUAUCUGACAAUAACUUGUGGGAUGCGAGCAGUAGAAUAGAUCCUCCAGAGGAAGAAAAUGAACUUUGUAUGGAAAAGCAUCAGCAGCGGAUGGGUUUCUUUUGCCUUGAUGAUCCAAAAUCAGGCCCCCCAAAGACUUCAAACAAGGUGCAGUGCUCGCGUUCUUGCCCUAUUUUGCUUCUAAAAAACAAUAACAAGAAGGGCUCUCCUAUUGGAUGGUCUGUUAUACUACCUCUAAGUUGGACCAGGGUCUUCUGGAGUUUUCUCGUCUCCAAAGGGGCCCAUGUGAUAGGGCUGAGGGAAAAACGCUGGAUUGCUGGUGAAAUUGGAUUGCCUUAUUUUCCUUCAGAUUUCCCUGACUGCCAUUCCUACUUAUCCUUGAAUGAAAUUGAAGCCGCUGCCUCUAGGGAAAAUGCGGAGCGGCGUCCUCCAGCUGUACGACCUUUCAGAAUUCCAAUUCCAUCACCUUGGAAUGUUGUACAUGUUGCUUUUGACAAGCUAACCAUGAGGGUAAACGAAGCAGCUAAAGUUUCAAGUGGUGAAAAUAUAGUUGGUACUUCAAGUUGUGAAAGAAGUGAUGUAACAUCAUUCAGAUCUCGUAAUUCCUUUGAUGCCAUUGUAGCAAGGACAUCCAGUAUGCUGACUGGCUUCUUGAAUGGCAUUCAGGGUGAACAUUUACUUAUAUUUCCUCAAUUGCAAAAUAGGAACUCAAGUCUUGUUAAGGUUAUGAAGGACAAAAGCAUGAUGGAAAAAGGCCAAAAUGGGACUACACAAAUUAGCUACAGACAUAAGUUAUGUUUUGUGAGGGUUCAUCUUCAUGCAUACAAGGAGGGUGUUUUUGAAGAAGGAGCUGUUAUAUGUGCACCAUCUCUUACUGAUAUAUCAAUAUGGACAUCCAGCAUAGACAGCAUUGAAGGUGGACUUGAAAUGCCUAAUUCUGCUGUGGGGUCAUAUUUUAAAGAACAACCUUCUGGUAAGUGGGAACUCCAGGAACCAGAUGACCCUGCUUCUAUAGAAUAUCAUCGGUGGCCAGUCGGGUUUGUCACCACUGGAUUUGUUAGAGGGAGCAAAAAGCCAACGGCAGUGGCGUACUGUGAGGCAGUCUUGCUUGCUUGUCUGAGAGAAGAGCAGUGGAAGGAGAUGGCAGUGAAGCGUAGGAGGAAGGAAAUAUAUGUUCUUGUUAGGAACCUUAGGUCUUCAGCAUAUAGACUUGCUCUUGCCACCAUUGUCCUGGAACAACAAGAAGAGGAUGUGAGAUUCUUAUGAAAAACUGUUCGGGAGAUCAUUUGGAGACAUUUAAGACUUGUUUCCCGCUCAACAGCUCCCCUUAUACCUAUUCCCAACGGCUAGUGGCAACGAGGAAUCAUUUGUUGAUUUUCUCGGUAUAUUAAUAUAAGAAUUGAUGACUUAAAUAGAAAACUAUUUUUUGGGGGAAAGGAAAAAAAAGCAGCUAGGCGAU